UCCGCGCUUUGAAAUCUGAAAGCAGCGCCCGCCGGCGUUGGUCCUUCAAAGAGACGCCCGCGACUCGGGCCACGCGUAGCAGGGGGCAGUGUCUCGGCGUUCUUUUUUUCAUAUUUUUUGUCGUAAAAUAGUUCUUAAAACAUUUUCUAAAGCAAUAUUAAAAUUACAUUUGGUACAAAGUUACGAACAAUUGUUAUUGUCACGGCGUUUCUUUAUUUUUUUUAAAAAAAAUUUUACCACCAAAUUAAGACAUCCGUCGUAGCUGAAACCUUCCAACUUUUGAGUAGUUUUAAAUACAUAAAUAUUAACACAAAUAAAACGUCGUUCGUGUCGCCCUCACAAGCUCAAGACGACCGCCGCCGGUGGUUUACUGCUCCCGCCGGGGUUUGGUAAGGAAUAAAACAAGCAGCGCUCGCUUCCAUGGGCAAGGCGGUGCACGCUGGACGGACGAGAUGAUGGCGUGAGAAGGGGGUGGGCGGAGAGAAAGGAGGCGAGGGAUAUACCAAAGCACAACUGGAGUUCACUUUUUUACCCGGUGGCCACUGGAGGGUGGGGGAGGCGUGGGUGCGACACAGGAAGCAGCCAUGCUUCGUUGGACAACGCACCUGGAGGGGGGCCCCCGCAGGGUCAACCACGCCGCCGUCGCCGUGGGGCACAAGGUUUACUCAUUUGGCGGAUACUGCUCCGGUGAAGAUUACGAGACUCUGCGGCAGAUCGACGUGCACAUCUUUAACCUGGUGUCGAUGCGGUGGAGCAAGCUGCCACCGGUGAUCGGCCCUAAGCAGAUGCCGUACAUGCGCUACGGCCACACGGCCGUGCUCGUGGAAGACGCCAUCUACGUCUGGGGCGGACGCAACGACACAGAUGGUGCCUGCAACGUGCUGUACUCCUUCGACAUCUACACCCACCGGUGGGUGCGCCCACACGUGUCCGGCCCGGUGCCCGGCGCCAGGGACGGUCACUCCGCGGCGGCUCUGCGCAAGUGCAUGUACAUCUUCGGCGGGUACGAGCAGCUGGCCGAUUGUUUUUCCAAUGACGUUCACAAAAUGGACACCACGACGAUGACCUGGACACUAAUCCACGCGCUGGGCGGCCUCCCGCGCUGGCGGGACUUUCACUCGGCCACCUUCAUCGACCAGAAGAUGUACGUGUUUGGCGGGCGGGCCGACAUGCUGGGCCCGUCGCACUCCAAUCGCGAGAUCUACUGCAACCGCAUCAAGGUGUUCGACACGGAGAAGCGCUACUGGUUUGACCCGCCCGUCAACGGCACGCCGCCCGACGGACGCAGGAGCCACUCGGCGUUUGCCUAUAAGGGAGAGCUGUACAUCUUUGGAGGGUACAACGCCUUGGUGGACAGGCACUUCGAUGACCUGUGGAAAUUCAGUCCAGAAACGAUGACCUGGCAGCGGAUGGAGGUGCGAGAGAAGGGUCCCUGCCCGCGCAGACGCCAGUGCUGCUGCCUGAUCGGAGACCAGGCCAUUCUGUUUGGCGGAACAAGUCCCUGUCCAGAGCAAGGCAUGGGGGAUGAGUUCAACUUGAUGGAUCACUCAGACCUCUACAUCCUCGACUUUGCACCAAGUUUGAAAACCCUUUGCACACUGGCGGUCGUGCAGUAUAAGUUGGAUCUGUCCAGCCUCCCUCAUGACAUCCGCCAAUCGUGCUAAUCGGAGGUGCGAGGAAGUUGGACGUGCGUGGGAAUCCGAGGUGGGAGAUUACGGCCAUGACGACCAACAGCAACAUCAGCCGGCCCAUCUUCUCGUCACACGGAUGAAUUGGAGGCACAUAUUGAGUCCUCGCUGCUCGGCGAUUGUUUGUGGAGGUUUUUAUUCUUGGACUGCGACUCGCCUGGCAUUUCGCCCCGGACAUACCAGAUGCUUUCAUCAUCGGGGUCUGGCCUGGGUCUGGCCUGGGUCUGGCCUGGGUCUGGCCUGGGUCUGGCCUGGGUCUGGCCUGGGUCUGGCCUAGGUCGGGUCGGGUCUGGCCUGGGUCGGGUCUGGCCUGGGUCGGGUCUGGCCUGGGUCGGGUCUGGCCUGGGUCGGGUCUGGCCUGGGUCGGGUCUGGCCUGGGUCGGGUCUGGCCUGGGUCAGGACAGGGUCGGUUCUGGCCUGGGUGUGUCCUCGCUUCUCGACGUGACGUCGCGUGGCCUGGAGAGAAAGAGAGCGAGCGGACUGACCACCAGCAGUUGGAUAGACAUUUCGUCUCUUCCGAGCUUCGACAUCUAACACGGAUGAUGGAACGCUUUUGCUGUCGGAGCGUGAGAAACAAUUCAAAACACACAGGGACUCGUACUCAAAGGGAAAUGAAUUAAACGUUACACAAAUCGGAAAUGUCGUAUUUUAUUUUUCAUCGCUAGUCCGAUUGCAUUAUCGUUUCCUCUUAAAAUCAGUAUUUAUAGUGAUUUAGUGUUCUUUAAGUACUGGGUAGACUAGCCUGAAUUUUAGAAAUGACAAUUGGAAGAUGUCGGGUUUUUUUGUUCCGAUGCAAACAUUUUUAACCGGGCGAGUUACGAGUGCAUUCUCUCACGUCGCGUACAGACCAUGCACACGUUAUACAUAUAUAAACACAGUGCUCUGACAAUCAGGACACACGGAGUUAUUAUAUUUUAACCGAUCACAGUGCGUUAUGUCCAUUAACUUACUGCCAUUAACAUGAAAGCAUGCAUGUAAUUUUUUGGGGAAUUGAGUUUAGACUUGAUUCUUUGGUGUACUCUUAGAACAUUCAUCAAUUUAUGUUUUUGUCAAUUUCCCUGCCAUUUUUGAAUGUCGCCUGAAAAGGAAAACGGAAAAAUGGAUUUUAAUAUUUUAAAAAGCCAUUGUUAAAAUUCCUAAAAUAACCCUACGCGUCCUGACUUUUGGGCCACUGGACACAUGCAUACACGUACAACACACACAUCUCUUGCAUGUGUGCGUGCGUGCAUACACUUGCAACACAGGGAUCUCGUGCGUGUGUGUACGCACGCACAACACAGGAUUCUCGUGCGCGCGUACAUGUACAACACAGGAAUCUCGUGCGUGUGUGUAUGCUCGUACGCUCGUCCACUUGAACUCGCGUUGCUCUCCUCUAUUAUUUUUUUAAGCCAAAUGUCGAGAAUUGCACGACGCUGUCACUUUCAGUUUUUGAACAACAGAAUGAAGCAAAGCCAAAUGACAUAUUCUUGUGCGGUGAAGUUGUUUACAGCUUGGUGCUCCAGUUAUUAAAAAAAACCUCCAGGUCUCGUAUGCGUGUUAUGUAGCGCCAUGGGGUUUGCCCGUAAUCAAGAGUUAUUUUAAUGCGUGUGCCGUGUUCAGCUUUUGCCUUUUUGAGAACUAGCCAAGAGAGCUAAGCUCGCCGUGUGUGCGUGCGUACGUGCGUGCGUACGUGCGUGCGUACGUAUGUGCGCACGCACGUACGUACGCGUGGAGGGAUGUGUGCUGCGUGUGCUGUAAAUGUGCAGGUUUGAAAUGGGAGAAUAAUGAUUAAAGUCUCCACCCGUUGGUUAA